AUGAUCCAUCGAGGUUUGGAAGAGGUCCUCCACGAACUGCAAUUUGGCACGGGCGCUGCACUCCUACAGUUUCCUGCUGACUGGCUCCUGGAGCAGGGCGAGGAGGGUAGUCAGCGAGCCUUCCUGGGGCUUUGCGCGCAUUUGGGGCGCCCAGUCACACAAUCCACAGACCUUCAGGAGCUGUGCGCCCGCGUGGAGGUGGCCAGAAGUCCAGAGGUCUUAGAGGCGAAGCAUACCCAGCGCCGCGGCUAUCGGAACGCCCAGGAUCAGUUUCUUCACAACGACUCCUCCAUCCCAGCCGCCCGUGGUCAAGGUGUAUGUGAUGUCCUGGCGAUGCUGUGCUUUCGUCCUGCGCGCAGUGGGGGUCUAAGCAAGAUGGCCAGCGCCAGAAAGAUUCAUGAACUGUUGCAACAACAGCCUCGGGUGCUUGAAUCUGUCCGGCACGGCUUCAAGUAUGACGCUGCGUCAGUGGAGUACCAUCCUGAUUGGCGUCAACCCCCACGGGCCAAGAAGCCAGACCCAUGGUCUUUGAGGAUGUCAAUGGAUUCCCCUGUGUUCAGUAUGUCGCUUGGCAGCCAGUUGGCAUGGCCAAACACCAAAACAUGCCAACAUCGUUUGAAACACAGCAGGACACGCAUCAAUGUUUUCUGUAUUAGAUUUAGAAUCAACACCUAUAUAUUUUAA